ACCCACUAGCUAGCUCUCGGUCUCGGUCAGUCCCACUCCCACGCGCCAACCCAAGUGUCCGAACUCCCAAGCGCAGUCCACCUACAACUACCCAGCAACACUACACUAGAGCUCUCUCAAUCGCCAUGCCGCGCGUCCACGACCGCCCGCCGCCACCCAUGACUCCUCUGCCGCUCCGCCGUCUCCACCUCCACAUCCUUCUCGUGCUCCUUGCAGCAUCAGCCGCGCAGGCCACCGACGCCCCCAGUGGCUGCGGCGGGGGCGACCGCUGCGGCGACCUCGUCCUCCCCUACCCUUUCCAUCUCAACUCUUCCUGUGCCAGCGCCGGAGCCAACUCCUCCUUCUUCCGCCUCUCCUGCAACGCCAGCGCCACCCUCACCCUCGCGCUCGGCUCCGCCACGUUCCGCGUCCUCGCCUUCCUCCCCUCAGGAUCGCUCCUCCUCGACUACGCCCCGGCGUCGCCGUCGCCAUGCGACGCGGCCUACGCCGCCUUCUCGCGACCGACCUCCCCGGCGGCCGCGCUCGACGCCGCGCCCUUCCUCGCCGUCACGCCGGCCAACGUGCUCCGCCUCUACGCCUGCGAGGACUCCUCCCUCUGCCGCGACGGCUGCGAUGACGUCGCAACGUGCGGCGGCAAGUCUGGGUGCUGCUACCCGCUCUCGGACGGCAGCGUCUGGAAGCCCGGGAACGGGCUGGGCGUUUUCGCCGACUACGGGUGCCGGGGUUUCUCGAGCUGGGUCAAGAACCGGUCGGCGUCGGCAGGCGGGGUUGUGAGGGGGAUCGAGGUCGAGUGGGCCGUGCCGAGGGGCAGCGCCAUGGCAAAAUGCGCCGAUGGCGCGGCGCUCGUGAAUGCCACGGCACUGCACAACGGCGUGCGGUGCGCGUGCGCGGCGGGUCUCGUCGGCGAUGGCUUCGCACAGGGCACAGGCUGCUCCAAAGGCACAUGUAAGUACAAAAGUGCACACGGUUCUACCGUGCGAUCGAUCUGCCACGUCGACCUCAAACACACGUAUGCAUUUGUGUACACAGCCUGUAGCAAUGGUGAGCAUGCGGGUGACGGCAGGGAUUGCUGCCAGGGACGAUUCUGCUCCAAGAAGGCAGUCGUCCUUGCCGGAUUUUUCGUUUCGCUCUUCUUCCUGGCGGCGGCAGUCUCGUUCUGGCUGUUCCUGAGACAGCCUUCCAAGGACAGCCGGUGGGACCUCGACCCGGCGUGCAUCCCCAAGAUCCUCCGGAGCGUGUGCGACGCGAAGCAGUUCACGUACGAGCAGCUGGAGGAAGCAACGAAGAGGUUCGACAGCGAGAAGGCCGUGGACACCGUUGACGGCACGGUGCACGCCGGCGUGCUCGACGACGGCUCCCUGGUUGCGGUGCAGAGGAUCGGCUACGAGACGCAGGGGAAGCUGAGGCUGGUCCUGGACCGGAUCGAGCUCCUGUCCGAGAUCUCCCACCCAAACAUCGCCCGCGUCGUGGGCUUCUGCCUCGACUCCAGCAACGCGCUGCUGCUGGUGCACGAGCACUUCGCCGGGGGCACGCUGGAGGAGCACCUGCGCCAGAUGAAGUGCCGCGUCCUCAGCUGGUACCACCGGGUGAACAUCGCCAUCGAGCUCGCCAGCGCCCUCACGUACCUGCAGGCGCACGAGACGGCCUCGACCUUCCUGUACGACCUCAGGUCCAGCGAGAUCUUCCUGGACACCGACUUCGCCGCCAAGAUCGCCGGCUACAAGCUCACGAGGCCGGCGACGUACUACUCCGCGUCGUACGACCAGGACGUCGUGUGCAACUUCGGCCACCUCCUGAUCGAGCUACUGACGGGGCUGAGGCAGCAGAUCCCGCUCGACUCGGUCGCGCCCAAGGUGAGGGAAGGGAGGCUCCACGAGGUCAUCGACCCCACGCUUCUGUCGGGAAAGCAGCUCCCGGCCUCGCACGAUGAGGUGAGGAAGGUGUUCGAGCUCGCCGUCCGGUGCCUGUCCAGCGCCGAGAACGGGCUCUGCAUGCUCGCCGUCGCCAGAGAACUCAUGCACAUUCUGAGGGACAACAACGGGAGCAGCAGCAAGAUCGAGAUCUCCCUCGACGAGACGUUCUCUAGCUCCAGCCUGCUGCAGAUGAUCUCCAUGUCGCCGGAAACCCUGCACCACCAUCUUCCUUAGUCGGUCACACGAUGAUCCUUCUGCUUGUUAAUAUCCAGAGAAGAGCAGCCUCUUGUUGAAACAGCUCUGCUGCUCUGAAGUCCCUUGUGCAUGCUUUUCGUGCCAAUGUUUGGUUGGCACUGUGUAAUCGGCGUCCCGUAAAUGUUUAUUGCACAGUAGUACUCCGA